AUGCGAGCUCGCCGUACAUCGCCGGCUCUCUUGGCGCCCGAGGACGCCGGCCCUCGGUCGGGGCGCGACGUCGGCCUCGAACGCGGACGGUCGCGGCCCAGCAGUGCGGAGGCUAUUCUUCGUGGAGCUCAUUACAAUAUUAAUGAAUGCUCGCUCGCUGCGGCCGGUAUAAAUAAAAUCGCUUCAAAUGAGACUCAAUAUCGGUUGUGCAAUACUAAUGCCGGGUUACCUCCUCAAAUGAUAGAGUGCGGAGACAGUGUCGGCGAAUCCCUUCACCGGUUCCCGGCUUCGACCCGAAUCACGACGAUAUUCGACCUCGACUCUUUCGCAAUGCCAGGCUCGCUUAUCGAUGAAGUGCUUUCCGUUCGUCAAUUCAAAUACUCCACAGUCGAAGGUUACUUUUAUUUGAUUUCGAUUGUAAAGAGUUAA